AAAGCGUAUCGACUGCUUAACUUCAUCUUCGAAACAACCCCUUGAGAUUUCCGAAGAUCAAUUCAAAACCCUAAAAGAAAGCUAGCUGCAGCGAGGACAAUUGUAGAUAUGGCUUCGAAAAGAAUUAACAAGGAGCUUAGGGACCUGCAAAGGGAUCCUCCAGUCUCAUGCAGUGCCGGUCCUGUGGGUGAUGAUAUGUUCCACUGGCAAGCAACAAUUAUGGGUCCAACAGAUAGCCCAUUCGCCGGAGGUGUAUUUCUUGUUUCCAUUCACUUCCCACCGGAUUACCCCUUCAAGCCACCAAAGGUUUCUUUCCGCACCAAGGUUUAUCACCCGAAUAUCAACAGUAAUGGGAGUAUCUGUCUUGACAUUCUGAAAGAGCAGUGGAGCCCUGCACUUACCAUAUCCAAGGUUCUUCUGUCGAUAUGCUCACUGCUGACAGAUCCAAACCCUGAUGAUCCUCUGGUUCCUGAAAUAGCUCACAUGUACAAGACAGACCGCAGCAAGUACGAGACCACUGCCCGAUCCUGGACCCAGAAGUAUGCAAUGGGAUGAUGGAUGGAUUGGCAGUAAUACCCGGCACCAGUACAUUGCAUAUGCGCAUUGUCUAAGAAUAGGAGAAAAUAAGAAAAACCUGAGCGUGGCUCUUGCUUGGUUACUUUUUUACUUUUUAUUAGUUUCAUAUCUUAAGCCGUGUGUGGUGUGUUGGGUGUGUACAUGAUCGUUAUUAUGCCUUAUUGACACAUUUGAGAUCUUCUAAUGCUUUUGGCCAAUGAUUGGCUAUUAUUAUGAGUCACUCUCUUGCUAGUGUUGAAGAAUACACAAGUUUGCAGAUUUGUUAUA